AUGUCAUAAAACUAACAUAUAAACUUUGAGGAAUCAUUGUAAUCAGUAGAUUUAAACUAAAGACUUUUAAUUAAGCUUGAAUCUUUGAAAACUUCACCUGUAGUCGUGCUAUAAGAUCAUUAUUUAGGUGAUGAAGGGUGCAGAGUGCUAGUCGAAUAUUACAAGCAAAAUCCUCAUACUCAUAUUUCAAAACUUGAUCUGAAGGGAAAUAACAUUGGUGAAAGAGGAGCAAUUUUCCUAGCUCAGUUACUAUCUGAAAAUGAUAGUAUCAAAAAAUUAUCAUUAGAAUGGAAUAAUAUUGGGCAAACUGAUGGUGGAUUGCAAGCUAUUUGUUAAUCACUUAUCCAUAAUACAAGUCUAUAAGAGCUAGAUUUGAGAAACAAUAGAAUUUAGCAAUCAUCUGCACAAUAUUUAGGUGAGCUUAUCAAAUCGAAUAGAGUGUUAAAGCGACUAGAUCUGAAAUGGAAUGAUAUAGGGAGGGCAGGUGCUUAGAUUCUACUUGAAGCGAUGAAGGAUAAUUCUGCAAUCUAGUAUAUAGAACUUAAUGGAAAUAAAAAUGUUGAUGAAGUAGUUAGAAUUAUGGAUUCAUUCCUUUAAAGAAACAGAGGUGAAAUGGCAGGCUUAAGAAAUUUGCUUUAAGAGGGCAUUCCAGGUGAAUCUAAUGAAGUACCUUUUGAGAUACUCUAGAAAGAGAAAGACUUUGCUGAAGAUAUCAAAGCCAAAUAUGAAGCAUAGGUAAUAGCUCAUAAAAGAACCGAGAAGAAAACAAAAGAAGUUGAAAGGUAACUGGAAAAUGAAAGGAGAAAAUUUAAAACAGCUAAUUCUGAAUUAGUGAGGUCGCUUGAAGAAGAAAAAAUAGCAAGAAAAUUGAUUGAAAGCAAUCUCAGCAAGUUGAAGGAAGACUUUGCUAGACAAGAACUAGAUAAAGAUAAAUUGCUUGCAGAUAUCUCAAUCAAGUAUGAUAAGGUUAAGAUUGAAAGAGCAUAAUAUGAAUUAGAGCUAAAUAAAACAAGAGAUGCUUAACUUAGGGGUUAGUAAGUCUAUGCUGACAAGAUAGCUACACUUGAAGAUUAACUCUCUAAGAGUCAGAGCCUUUACCUUGAAUUAGAUGAAUCUUCUAAGGCAUAGAUAUCCAAACUUAGACAAGAUAGUUAAGAGUCAGUUUCAGAAAUGCAUAGGAAAUAUGAGGCUUCCUUGAGAUAAAAAACAGACAGCUUACGAUCUGCUUUGAAUGAGGUUGAUCAAUUGAGAUAAUAGAUAACAAUCUUAAAGAGUGAAUUGCUAGAGAAAAAAGCAGAGGAAGAAAUCAGACUCAAUGAAAAAGUAAAAGAAUUGAAUCAGCUACAAAGAUAAUUCCAUGAUGCUGUAGUUUAAGAAUAGGAAUCUAAGCUAAGAAUGGGCUAAGUUCAAUAAGAUAAAUUGAAUAAGUUCUAGGAGUCAGCCAAAUAAGAUCUAGAUAAGCAAAACUAAUCUCACUUGAAGGAUUUGGACUAGAUGGAAGUGAAACUUAACAGAUUGAGAGAUGAAAAGGCUAAUGAGUCUAGAGAAGCUGCCAAGAUCUAAUAAGCAAAGCAGUAACUAGAGAAUAGCAUGAAGAAUCUUUAAAGUGAAGCAGAAAAGCUUAAACAUGAGAAGUCGGAAAUUCAGAACCAGCUUAAGUUCAUUCAAGAUAAGGAAGUCUCAUUGAAAGAUAAUAUCAAGAAAGAGCAAUAGGGCGAGAUACAAUCUCUGCAAUAGCAAAACUAAUCACUAUAAAAAAGAGUUUAGGAGCAGGAAUAAGCUCUGUUGCUCUCCAGAAAAGAAAACCAACAGCUCAGAUAAGACUUUGAUAGGCUGGGAGAUACUAUUUAAUAGAAGGUGCAAGAAACUUUGGAUCAAGCAUUCCUCAAUAUCAAUGCAGCAGUUGGAGCUGGGGGAGUUGGUGGCGGUAGAGCCGGUACAGCGUCCAAUGUUUCUAGAAGAUUUUGA